UCUAGCGGGAAAGACGUAUCAAUAAGGCUCAGCCUAGGUAUUUUAAGUUUCUCCGGAUCCGUGAGUGGUUUAGCAGAAUUAUGAAUAAGACGGUCCCGCCAUAUACCCUGUUAACAGGUGAAAAUCCUGUAUUUACGGCCUAUGUGACGUGGAUUUUUAUUUUAGCCGUUAAAAUGAUGCUAAUGUCAAUUCUCACGGGGAUAUUUCGUUUCAAAAAUGCGGCCGUUGCAAAUCCCGAGGAUGCUAUGAAACCAACAAUGGAAGUGAAGACUGACGAAGAAGUGGAACGAGUUAGACGAGCACAUCUCAAUGACUUGGAAAACAUACUGCCUCUCCUUACCAUUGGAUUAAUUUAUGUACUCACUGAUCCUAGUCCAAUGGUGGCUGUCAAUUUAUUCCGAAUUGCAGGAAUUAUACGAAUUAUUCACACAGUCGUAUAUGCAAUCUAUCCACUUCGUCAACCAACUCGUGCAAUAUGCUUCUUCACAUGUUUCGCAAUUACGAUUUACAUGGCAAUUGUGAGCAUCAUUCGAUUCUGGUAGGAAAUUUAAAAGAUUUCUAACGAAAAAUCAUUUGAAAUUUCAUUAUGAUAACCAUUUUGCCUAAAUUGUGGCACUAAUGUCCACUCCUUGAGUGGGGAGAACAUAACAACAAUAAAUGUAGCACAGAAAGACUAUAUAAUAUACCAAUAAAUAAAUGUUAGUGUUGCAGAUGGUAAUAAUACACAAUUCAUUCACCAUUUAAAUGUAACGUAAUCAUUGUGAAAUGUUAGAAAUAAAAUGGGUUACACAUGCGUAUACAUUAUUCUUGAACUUGAAUUUAAUAUUGCCAUUGAUUUUACAUUUAGUACAAAACCUCAUAGAUCUCAUUGAAGUGUAUUUGUAAAAUAUCUAUUUUAUAUGUGUGCAUUACUAAUUUUAAUUUCUCCAGAGGCUAAUCAGUCCAAAAUUUGUCUAACAUUUUAAUAAAAGUCUUUGCAGUAAAAUUAAAGUGGUUAUUAGUAG